AAUAGCUGCGGGUGAGGAGUGUGGCCCCUGCCCUGGGCGGCCUCUGCCUUCCGGAAGCAGAAAGAAGGACAAAGGGAGUGGGAGGGUGCAGCCUGGCGGGGCAGCCGGAGAUUGGGAUCUGCCCCACCCUCAGGUACUCACUGCCCCGGGAACCUGUUCGUGCCGGCCUCGCACCACCAAGCCUCUGUCUUGCGGGCUGAAGCUAUAUAAAGCCGCCCUGAGGUCCGCUCCACCACUGUCUGCCUGUGACCAUGAAGGCUGUCCUCCUCGCCCUGCUGCUCACUGGCUUGGCCCUGCAGCCAGGCACCGCCCUGCAGUGCUACUCCUGCACAGCCCCGGUGAAGAUCCAGGACUGCCAGAACGUGCAGAACUGCACCAGCUCCGAGACCCAGUGCCGGACUGAGUACAUCCGUGCUGUUGGCUUCCUGACCGUCAUCAGCAAGGGGUGCAGCUCGGCCUGUGUGGAUGACUCACAGAACUACUAUGCAGGCGAGAAGAAUGUCACGUGCUGCUCCACUGACCUCUGCAACGCCAGCGGGGCCCACGCCCUGCGGCCAGCUGCCAUUAGCCUGGUGCUGCUCACUGCUCUUGGCAGCUUGCUGCUCUGGGGCCCUAGCCAGCUGUAGGAUCCAGGAGGACCCCACCGUGUCCCAUGCUGAGCAGUGGUGCUCAGGGUCCCAGGGGCACUCCUCACACACACCCGCCCAGUCGAGGCCCCUCCUGGACCCUAACUCAGUUCAGACCAUGCCCCUCUGCCCUUUCCAGCCAUCCCUGGCUCCCUCCAGGCCUGCCCAGCACGCUGGGUUCUAGUGAUGCGGAACAGCCUGCGGAUGGCCUGUUCCUCACCUGGGCCUCAGGCUGCUCCUGUUUCCACUGCCUAUCUGACCUAUCCCAUAACCCUUGCUUAGGCCCCUCUUCCUCCAGGAAGCCUUCCCUGCCUGCCCCUUCCAUGAGCUGAGCCAGGUCCCACCCACAGUAUCCCCUGCACCCAGCAUGAAGCAGGCACUCAGGAGGGUCUGCAAAGGCUGAGAUGAAACAUACGGGGUAGAGUUGGGGGCAAGGCGUGUAAGAUCCCAGGAGUCCCAAGAGAUGAGGUCUGGGGGGGUACAGUUCCCCAUGUUCAUGGGGUCCAGAGGCAACACCCCAGCGCACAGAUGGCCCUUAAUAAAGGCCCACUGGCUUAGCUGCAGACAGCUUCUGUCCUUUGCACUCCCAGGCUGAGGUCAGAGUUGGGGUCCAAGUCUGCGUCGAGUCACCACCUAGCCCACGCCUGUGGCUGUGGCUGUGCCCUUGGCCACGUGGAGUGGAGCUCCAGCGUGGACAGGAGCAAACGGCUGACACCUGGAAGAGCACACAUUGCUGCAGAAGCCAGGGCAGUGUCCCUGGGGACUCCUGGCUCCUGCUGUGUGUCCUCAAAUAGGUUGUUCAACUUCUCUGAGCCUCAGAUGCUCAUCUGCAACCCCUCUCUGCUGUGAGGAUUGACCCAGAGACUUCACGAGAUGGAGAAGUUUCUGGGGGGGGAGGGGGCUGCUACCGUGUGAGGCCCCCACAGUGUCCCCACCCUGUCCUCUCUCUUUACCCUUAGGAGAAUCCCUCUGUUUGUUUCUUAAAUUUUUAAUUUUGUUUGUUGUACAUGCUCCACACCCACAGUAAAAAAUUCAAACUACUCAAAAGAGCCCCCAGUGACAGGCCAGCCUACCCAGAUGCCUGACUGCAGGCCCCUCCCCCUCCCUAGGGUGCCCCCAUCACACCUCCUGGGCUCCUUCCAGGCCAAUUGUGU